AUGAACAUGAAGUCCCUCAUUGGUGUCACUGUGCUUGGCUUCAUUGCCCAGGUCUAUGCAUUGCCAAUCACGAAUGAGAACUCAGGUGCAAAAGAUACAGAUUUAGAACCCUGGGUUGUCAUGGAUAAAAUCAUCCAGGCUAAUGCCAACAUAGCUCUCGUGACAAGACAUUACUCCAUCAAGUUUGGAGAUAUUGCUGUCCCCAACAGCAGGACUGCAAUGUUCUGCCCGACGAACGACUGUUUCUGGCCCAGAUCAGAUGACGGCUUUGUGUACAUUCCAUACAAGAUAUCCACUGAGUAUUCUCCAUCUGAGCAGGCAGUAAUCACAGAUGCAAUGUCGGAAUAUGCCAAAGUCAGCUGCAUUCGGUUUGUCUCUUACACGAAUGAGAUGGACUACCUUCACGUACAGCCCUUGGAUGGAUGCUGGUCCUACUUUGGUCGGAGUGGUGGGGAACAGCCGAUCUCAUUUUCACGAAUUGGCUGUCUAUAUAAAGGAAUAAUCAUCCAUGAGCUUAUGCACACUCUGGGCUUCUACCAUGAACACAACCGGAGCGACAGGGAGGAUUACAUCACUAUCAUGGUGGAUAACAUCCAACCAGGCCGAGAAGAUCAAUUCCAAAUCCUUAAUACCAACAACCUGGGAACCAAAUAUGACUAUGGCUCGAUUAUGCACUACGGCAGGUAUUCUUUUUCCAAAAAUUCUAUGCUGCCAACUAUAGUCACGAAACCAGAUUACGUACUGAUCGGACAAAGGACCAGGCUGAGCUCUAUUGAUAUUCUGAGAGUAAACCGACUAUACUCGUGUGAUGCUACUACAAAUCCUAUGCCAGUUUCCACCACAAGGCCUACCACAACCACAACCACGACUACAACCACAACCACAACCACGAAACAACUAUCUGUUGCCAACUAUUGGAGACAAUAUCUUGGACAACCUUUAAUCCAAUUAGGCAACGAUUGUGGUGGAUUAUUAGAGAGUUCAUCUGGGGAAAUCUUUUCUCCAGAUUAUCCUAAUCUAUACCCAAACAAUAAAGACUGUCAGUGGAAAAUAAGUGCCACAUCAAGGGUAGAGCUAAUAUUUCAGUCCCUGGAUGUGGAAUACUCUGUGAAGUGCUUGUGGGACUACAUUGAGGUGCAUGAUGGGCCCUCCAUUGACUCCAGGAUCAUGGGACCCAGGCUGUGUGGUUCCUACAUCCCCAAGCCCCUGACUUCCUCUGGCAAGGACCUGCUUAUCGUGUUCCACAGCGAUGAAAACGUGGCCAGCAAAGGAUUUCAUAUAUCCUACAUGUUAUAUCUUUGAAUAGGAGAACAUGUCAAAACCUGCAAGUAACAUCCUUCACAGAGGGAUGGGGGGGACUGAAGAAAGCACUAUUUCUCUCCAGAGGAAGGAUACACAAUCUAAAAUAUUGAAAGUCAAAAUAAAAUUCACUUUGCUGUACUUUACUUGACAAAUAAGGAUCUGUACAAAGUCUGGUAUUUUGAGUCCUAGAUUGCUGUGAAGGAAUCCAAGAACAGUCUAUUUUAUUAUUUUCAUGAAAGUUGUUAAAUGAAUCCCCCCCAUCUCAAAAGGAGAGGCCAA